AAACCCACUUUCAGUUCCAUGCUAGAAAUUAAGCAUGUCAUUGGCGCUGGAACAGCGCGAAGCCAUCAUCCAGGAAUGUAUAUCCGAACUGAUAAAAGUGCUAACCGGUUUCGAUGAAUCCGAGGAAAACUUCAUCCUGUGCCACCAGUUCGCGCAGGCCACCAUCCGGAACCAUCGGUUCCUCUCGGUGAACAGCCACGAGAUCCGUCGGAAAGCGGAUGGACUGAUGGAAAAUCUGCGGAUAUCGAAUUUGGAUCGGUUCGCCGAUCGAUUCCGUCGAGAAUACGAGGCAUUUCUGGGGGAUCCGGUUUGUGCGGAUCAUUACGUGCACGACAUUCAGUGGUCGGUGCUGUUAUUUCUGAUGACGGUGGCUCACAACCCGUUGGGAGCGAUCCGGGAGCGGAUAAGAAGAGGCUCGCCGGUGCGAAUGGUGGAAGCUGGAGGGCUGGUGAAGAAGGAAUCGAUGCCGGACGACGGAGAAAUGAGGGCGCUGGUGGAGGAACUAAAGGCGGAUAACAUUCAAUGCUCGCGGGAUGACGAUUCGGAGCUCAGUGAGUGGUCUGAUUCGGAACAGGAGGAGGAAGAUGAGAUGAUGGAGAGGAAGGAACAUCUGGAGGAAGUCCAAGGGGAAGGUGCAAAAGAGAUUGUAGUUUACACUAGGGUAUUAUCGCCUCAGCGAGACCUGGGGUACGAGAGUUUCGAUGGAUCAUCGUCGGAGAAGUGGCUGAAGGAGCACGUCCAAUACGGCUGGUGGAAAGACUCGAAGGCCAAAGCGGAAGUCAACAGUACCCAUGAGGGAGCUUCUUUUUGCGAUUACUGGAACCAAACUAUUCUAAAGGCUUCCCAUAGCUUCAUCAAGCCGGAUCCGGUCUCAACCGUGUCGGAAUACUGCUUAAUCCGGGAGAUUCUCUGGAUGUUUACCACUCCAACCAAUUGCAAAUUCUUCCGCAUAGACGACGACCAGAUCUGGAUCAAUCCGAACGUAUCGCUCUCAAGCACCACAGAACGCGGCCUCCACACCUUCCUCAUAAACUUCACCCAGCAAAUGACAAUCGUAUACCGAUUGCGGAACUUUUGCCGUCGAGUAUCGGAAGCAACCAGCCAGCCGAUUCCAGCUCCCUACAGCUUCGAAUGCUACGCGUCCGGAAUUCGCGACUUCCUAGAGCAUUUGGACGCCACCAUUGUCCAUCUUGAAAAACAAGCCAUUGCCCAGGAACCGGAUCGCAUCGUCACCAUCAUAACAUUGUUCCACGAUCUGGAAACGGAGUUCCGUCUACUGACCAACCUGAAUGAUAUCCACCGGUUCUCGGUGCUGGAUUGGACCAAAUUCCCCGCGCACAUCGCGGUGGCCCAUCUUCUGUCCGGACUGUUUCGAAGCGUCAAACUCAGUGGCAGCCGGGAAAAGACCAACCUGGCAUUUGCCCUGCUCCUGUCCACCUUGAAGGGUUACAUGAACAUGAUCGACGUCUGGUGGACCGAGGGCCGGUUGGAUGAUUGGCGGGAGGAGUUCCUGGUGGAGCGAACCUAUGCCGCCGAGGAAGAAGGCGGCCAGAUGACCGGUUAUCGGGCGCGGCUGUUUUCCAAGUGUAAGAAGCGCUCGUUUUACGUGAGUGCGGCCGUUUCGGAAGUGAUUGAGAACGAUGCCAUCAUCCGGCUGUUGAUGCACCACUCGCUGGAGGCCGGAUAUACGUUGAACAUUCUGAACGAUCUGGAUCGGAUCAAUGACUUGAGAAGCGGGCAAGAGUCGGAGGAACCGAUGGUGUACGUGGGAUUUCUGGAAGCGAUUGUGGAGGUGCUGGAAGGCUUUCGGACGGUGCAAGACGAAUCGGAGGACGCCGGAUCUGCGCAGGAUCAAGCGUCGGAAACGCACGCCAUUGAAAGCAUGUUAAAGGACACCGCUUCGUCUUCAAAGCUGCAAAAUCUCCAAAAUCAAAUCAAAGAAAUCUGCGACGAUGAAGUACUGAUGCUGGCGUUGGGCAGCUCCUUACAGCUGGCCUGCACCGAUGACGACGAAGAUGAAGAACCAGAUCUUCCGUCCGAGACUCCCAUAGACUGUUUAACCAAUGCCCACGCACUGUACCGACGGCUGAACUCGAUCUCGGAACAGUUGACGCUUCCCCUGGAACACGUCCUAUUUAGCGCCAUCAAGAAUCUCAUGGAAACGAAACGGCAAGCGGCUAACCACUUCGUGACUACCAUCUACAAGGAGGAGUUCCUGGUUUUGAAUCAUCUGAAGAACAUCCGGAAGGUACUGCUGCUGGAAGCAAGUGAUCUCAUGUACUACUUCUACAGCGAUCUGUUCCGACGGAUCGAGGCCGGCGACAAUUGGGCUAAUCCGUAUUUGCUGACCAUCCAGCUGAAUGACAUACUGGCGUCGCGGUUUACCGACAUGACUUCCCUGUUCACGAUCGAGAUCCUGACGGAGUACAAAAGCGAAACGACCACCGUGGUACUGGAUGCGAUCGAUAAGGUCCGCAUUCUAUACAACCCUAGUCAGGAUUUGAGCAACAUGAUCAACGAGCAGACGAUGGCCAGUUAUAACUGCGUGUUCCGGUUUUUGUUGAAAGUGAAAUGGGCCCUGCACACGUUGGAAUCACUCCGCUAUCCGGAGUGUUACAAGAAGCGGCCUCCGUACGAGGAACCGUGUGUUCUGGAUCUGAACCUGAAACGGCUGGCCAUGCUGAAGUUCUGGAUGAUCUUCACCGUGCAGUGCAUCCACUCGCACCUGAUGACCCACGUUCUGCAGUCGCUGGGGAUGCAGCUGGACGAGCGGUUGGAAGCGGCCGAUAAUCUGAACGACAUGAUCGCCGUCCAUCAGUCGUACAUCAGCACCAUUUACGAGCACAGCUUCCAGACGGAGGAAAGUCAGGUGUUCCGGGAGGGGGUCAUUCGGCUGCUCAACCUGGUGCACAUCGUUCGGGAUGAGUGGAACAGCAACGUGCUGUACACGGAAAUGGACGCCCGCGGAGACAUUGAAGACAACAGCAUGAUCGGGGAUUUCAUCAGCAAUGCGCAGGUAGGCAUGCUGGAGAAGACCUACUGCAAGUGUCACCACCAGCUGGCGGAACAGUUGAACAGGGAUGUGUACAAGAAGCAGAAGGUGCAUCUUACAGCCCUGGCGGACGCUCUGAGUUCCAACGUACCCUACUGAGAAGGCAGUAAAACUUCCGGCUUUCACAAUACAUUCGAGCAACAAUCCCAUUAUGUUUUUACCAAGUUUAUACGCUGCUAAGCACACAAUUCAAUGGAAUCGCUAAGAAAUGCAAUUACAUACCUCA